AUGGAAGUUAUGGAAAUACUCGACAACGAACCGACCGCUGCCCGCGCCUUUCAGUGCGACUGGGACGGCUGUUCCAAAGGCUUCAACCGAAAGUCUGAUUUGCAAAGACAUUACCGGAUACACACCAACGAGCGACCGUAUAAGUGCACUUUCGAGGCAUGCGGAAAGAGCUUCAUCCAGAGGAGUGCCUUGACUGUCCAUACCCGCACCCACACUGGUGAAAAGCCGCACCACUGCCACCACGAAGGAUGUGGGAAGCAAUUCUCAGAUUCCUCCAGCCUGGCGAGGCAUCGCCGGAUUCACACAGGGAAGCGCCCCUACAUGUGCAAUCACCAUGGAUGCUCCAAGAGCUUCUGUCGUAAAACCACGAUGGUCAAGCACUACAAGCGAACACACCAACGAGGCUAUCAUUCCACGGGGUCCGACUCCGACGGCGGAAGUGAGAGCGCGCCCCCCACGCCCGAGAGUCCUAACGCCAUGCCGUGGCAGCCACACCCGCCACCCAUCAUGGGCCAUCACGCAGGCCACCAAGCUCAACGGGCGGCUGCGUUUGCCAACCUUGGCCAGCAAAUGGGUGCCUAUGACAUGACGCAGCAGUACAACGGCCACCGACCCAGCAUCUCGUCUAACGGGGGGGGCGAGUACAACGGGCCUGCCGGUCUUGGCCAAACGCAGCUCCAUGCCCAGCAACACCCGGGGAUGCAGAUGCUGCAGCGGACAGGAAAUAUUCCGCACCAUAAUUACUUCAUUACGGAAGAGAAUAACCCGGCGGUUGCCACGAUGAACGCCAAUCAGCGCACAGCCGUCCACCAUCAACAAUACCAGCAAAUUCCUCGGCAGGGCGUCGGCCGGCUCCCACUCAACAUCCCAUACCAAGGCAACGCGGAGUUGGGGUUGCCGCACCACAACCCAGACGGCUUCCCACCUGCGGCAACACGAAGCCCGCAGGAGGGUGGUGGGUUUUACACCCAUGUACCACCGGGACAAGACUCGACCUUCGCGCUGCACGCCGCAAGCCCAGUGACCCAGCAGGCGACGCAGAUGAUGCCAUUCCCGGGUCAGGUGCCCUCCCCUCAAGCUGCGGCCGGCACUAUCAUGGCCCACGCAGCACCGCAACAAGCUGCGCCAGAGCAGCAACCGCAGCAACAGCAGCAGCAGAGGCAGCAGCAGCGGGCCCAGACUGCCCAGCAACAACAGCAGCAGCCACAACAGCACCAGCAGCAGGCGCAGCAGCAACAGGCGGCGGCCCCUCAGCAGUGGUAUGACGCUGCGCAGUACCAGCCUCCUCUUGAUGUGGCGGUACCGACUAUCGGGACGAUGCCGGCAUACGGCAUAGGUGGCAGCUUUGAUCCAUGGGGCGACGCUAAGAUCGAGUUCGACGACCCGACUAUGCAGCUGCCCAGCGCCCGUGUGGAUAACAUGUGA